GUGAAGGCAGCGCGGUGACAGCGGAAGCAAGAUGGCGUGUUGCGUUUUUCCUUGUGGGCCGUGAAGGCAGCGCGGUGACAGCGGAAGCAAGAUGGCGUGUUGCGGGAACUGUUUGGGCUUGCGACGCUGCAGUGAAGAAGCAAGCCGCACGCCCGAGGAACUGACAAUUCUUGGAGACAUCCAAGAUGAAGAAGAUGAGAUUCUGCCAAGGAAGGACUAUGAGAGCCUGGAUUACGACCGAUGUGUCAGUGAGCCCUACGUGGAGGUUCUGGAGGGAAUGGACAACAAGAAAGCCAAAAAGUAUGAAGCUCUACGAUGGAUGAUGGUGUUCUGGAUCGGAGCGUCUGUUGGAUUGGUGGGUUUGUUUGUGGAUUUCUUUGUACGCUUCUUCACCAAACUCAAGUUCUCCUUGGUCGGUGCUUCUGUGGAAGCGUGCAGUGAGAAGGGCUGCCUCCCUCUGUCUCUGCUGGAGCUGCUGGCUUUCAACAUGACCUUCGUGCUCAUUGCCAGCGUGCUGGUCCUCAUCCAGCCUGUAGCUGCUGGUUCGGGGAUUCCAGAGAUCAAAAGUUACUUAAACGGAGUGAAGAUUCCCGAGAUCGUCCGUUUACGAACCUUUUUCUGCAAAGCUGUCGGAGUUGUGUUCAGCGUCGCCGGAGGUCUCUUUGUGGGCAAAGAAGGUCCAAUGAUACACAGUGGAGCCAUCUUGGGAGCCGGCCUUCCUCAGCUCCAAAGCAUCACUUUUAGGAGGAUCAAAUUCAACUUCCCCGUCUUCCGAAGUGACAGGGACAAGCGGGACUUUGUGUCAGCCGGUGCCGCCGCUGGGGUCGCGGCUGCCUUCGGGGCCCCCAUCGGGGGAACCCUCUUCAGCCUAGAGGAGGGUUCCUCUUUCUGGAACCAGGCCCUCACCUGGAAAGUGCUCUUUUGCUCAAUGUCGGCGACAUUCACCCUCAACUUUUUCCGUUCCGGUAUCAACUUUAAUAAGUGGGGCUCCUUCCAGCUUCCUGGCCUGCUCAACUUUGGAGAAUUCAAGUGUCCCGACGGAGAUAAAAAGUGCCACCUGUGGACAGCAGUGGACCUGGCCUUCUUUGUCCUGAUGGGGAUAGCGGGUGGCCUGCUGGGGGCGCUCUUCAACUGCAUGAACAAGAACCUUGCCAAGUACCGCAUGAGACACAUCCACCCCAAGGCCAAGUUCAUAAGGCUGAUAGAGAGUCUGCUGGUUGCCAUGGUGACCUCACUGGUUGUAUUUGCUGCGUCCUUGUUGUUGGGGGAGUGCAGGGACUUGUACUCCCCCAACAGCCACAACACAACACUGUCUGCGGGCCAGGACAUCAACUCCACCAUCCGACACUUCUUCUGCCCCAACAAGACUUAUAACGACAUGGCCACGCUCUUCUUCAACCCACAGGAAGCUGCCAUCCACCAGCUGUUUCACCAGGAUGGUACGUUCAGCCCCGUGACUCUGUCAGUCUUCUUCCUGCUCUACUUCCUGUUGGCGUGUUGGACCUACGGUGUGUCCGUACCCAGCGGUCUCUUUGUGCCUUCACUGCUCUGCGGGGCCGCCUUUGGACGCUUGGUUGCCAACAUCCUUAAAGUGAAGCUGGGCAUGGACAUCUACGCCGGGACCUUCGCCCUCAUUGGAGCGGCUGCGUUCCUGGGGGGAGUGGUCCGGAUGACCAUCAGUCUGACCGUCAUCCUCAUCGAGUCCACCAACGAGAUCACAUACGGGCUCCCCAUCAUGAUCACCCUGAUGCAGGUGGCCAAGUGGACCGGAGACAUGUUCAACAAGGGCAUCUAUGACAUCCACAUUCAGCUGAGGGGAGUGCCGCUUCUGGACUGGGAGACUGAGGUGGAGAUGGACAAGUUGACGGCCAGCGACAUCAUGGAGCCCAACCUGACCUACGUGUACCCGCACACCCGCGUCCAGUCCCUGGUCAGCAUCCUGCGGACUACCAUUUAUCACGCCUUCCCCGUGGUCACCGAGAAUCGCCAGAACGAGCGGGACUUCAUGAAGGGAAACAUCCUGGUCAGCAACAACAUCCACUUCAAGAAAUCCAGCAUCGUGUCGCGUGCCGGCGAGCAACGGCGCCGCUGCCAGUCCAUGAAGUCCUACCCCUCCAGCGAACUCAGGAACGUGUGCGACGAGCAGGCAGCUGUGGUAGAGCCGGCCGGGGAGGGAGAGGACCUCUUCCAGCAGAUGUUGGACAGGAGGCAUAUGCCGUACCCCAACCUGUGCCCAGACCAGUCCCCCAGCGAGGAGUGGACCAUGGAGGAGCGUUUCCGACCGCUGACCUUCCACGGCCUCAUCCUGCGCUCUCAGCUGGUCAACCUGCUCAUGAGAGGCGUCUGUUACGCUGAGAACCAGUCGAGUGCCAGCCAGCCCAGGUUGACGUACGCGGAGAUGACAGAAGACUACCCCCGCUACCCCGACAUCCACGACCUGGACCUGACCCAGCUCAGCCCCCGCAUGAUCGUGGACGUGACUCCUUACAUGAACCCGUGUCCUUACACCGUGUCGCCCAGCACCCGCAUCUCGCAGGUCUUCAACCUCUUCAGGACCAUGGGCCUGCGACAUUUACCUGUGGUCAACGCCGUGGGAGAAAUGGUGGGCAUCAUCACCAGACAUAACCUGACCCACGAGUUCCUCCUGGCCAAACUUCGACAACAUUCCAUCACCAUUUAACGGCCUUACGUUUCUUCACUUCUUCAACGCUCUUUUCCCACCAUUCCACUCGCCAAGAAGGUCCAGCUACAGUCGAGGUACCAAGCAGACGUCUGUGAAAAACAAUGUGAGCGUUGGACCUCAAAGCGAAUGCUCUUGACGGAUAGAUACCAAAACGUGCUGGUUCAGGGAUGGCUGCUAAGUUUGCUACUUUUACAGGAGCCAACAAAACCAGCCUCUUUGAUUGAAAAGCGCUCGAAAGCAAUCCUCUGCUUUCCCAUAAUGCACUAGCUCGAUGCUAAUGUGCAUUAGAUACGCCAUAUACAUGCUACUGAUUAGCAUUAGCAAUUUUACAUGGCGACGUCAACACCUCCGUGUUUAGGUGUGUAAAAAGUACAAUAUUUACAGUAUAAACACUUUGUAGGACCCAACAAAGGACGAGACUGAGACAUUUAACGUCAUGGCAAAGACUACUUCUCAAAGCGAAUGCUCUUGACGGAUAUAUACCGACACUUGCUAGUUUAGGGAUGGCUACUAAGUUUGGUACUUUUGCAGGAGCCAACAAAACCAACCUCUCUGAUGGAAAAGCGCUCCAAAGCAAGCCUCCACUUUCCCAUAAUGCACUAGCUCGAUGCUAAUGUGCAUUAGAUAGGCCAUGUACAUGCUACUGAUUAGCAUUAGCAAUUUUACAUGGCGACGUCAACACCUCCGUAUUUGGUAAGUGACAGUGUGUAAAAAGUACAAUACUUACAGUACAAACACUUAGGACAAGACUAGAACAUUUAACAUCAUGGCAAAGACUACUUCUCAAAGCGAAUGCUCUUGACGGAUAGAUACCUACACAUGCUACUUUAGGGAUGCUACUAAGUUUGGUACUUUUACAGGAGCCAACAAAACCAACCUCUCAGAUGGAAAAGCGCUCCAAAGCAAGCUUCCACUUUCCCAUAAUGCGCUAGCUCAAUGCUAAUUUGCAAUAGAUACGCCUUAUGCAUGUUACUAAUUAGCAUUAGCAAUUUUACAUGGCGACGUCAACACCUCCGUGUUUAGGUGUGUAAAAAGUACAAUAUUUACAGUAUAAACACUUUGUAGGACCCAACAAAGGAAGAGACUGAGACAUUUAACGUCAUGGCAAAGACUACUUCUCAAAGCGAAUGCUCUUGACGGAUAUAUACCGACACGUGCUAGUUUAGGGAUGGCUACUAAGUUCAGUACUUUUGCAGGAGCCAACAAAACCAACCUCUCUGAGUGAAAAGUGCUCCAAAGCAAGCCUCCACUUUCCCAUAAUGUGCUAGCUCAAUGCUAAUGUGCAUUAGAUAGGCCAUAUACAUGCUACUGAUUAGCAUUAGCAAUUUUACAUGGCGACAUCAACACCUCUGUAUUUGGUAAGUGACAGUGUGUAAAAAGUACAAUACUUACAGUACAAACACUUAGGACACGACUAGAACAUUUAACAUCAUGGCAAAGACUACUUCCUGGCUGCAGCAACACACUGAAAGGAGCGUGUCCUUGCAAGUGAGACUCAGAAGUGUAAGAAAAUAUUAAGAGUGUAAAUGAAAAGAAAAUAUUUGACAAGUCAGCAUGUGUUACAGCAAAGAAAAACACAGCCGGGGCUAAAAAGUGAAAGUAGCCAUCCUUAGUACAGUUUCACAAUUGUACUUUCAUAUUUCUCUCUUCUCAUUAUCACCCAUUAUUAGACUCUUUGUUUGUAUUUACUGAUAUUGCUUUGUUUUAUUAAAGGUGUUGAAAUGA